AUGGCAAGCUUUGUCAUGCUGAAAAUGGCAAAAGAAAACGAGAAAGAAUGCCCUCGAGCGGCUACCGUUCUGGAACGUGAUAGAUAUACAAAUGAAGAAGAACAGUCAAGAGAAGUGAACAGUGACGAGAGAAAUCCACGACGUGCUACAUCAAUCGUGAAUUUGGACGGCGAAGAAGAAAGCAAAACGCUUGGUGUAACAUGGAAUCCUAAGAGAGAUGUAAUUGGAUUUGCAUCGAAAGAAAUAAAGGUCGAAAAACUGACAAAAAGAUCCGUCCUCUCGAACAUCUCGAAGCUGUACGACCCACUCGGUCUGGCAUCUGCAGUAACGAUAAAGGCAAGGAUAGCCUUGCAGAAUAUUUGGAAAUCAAAACAAUUCGAUUGGGAUGACCCUCUCCCUGAAGUCAUGAGCGACACUUGGAGAAAGUUGUUUAAGGAAAUCGAAAGUCUCAAGAAAGUCGAGUUUCCGAGGUGCCUUCAACCGAAAGAAGUAUCUGGUCAUUCCGAGUUACACGUCUUCGCGGAUGCAAGCAAAGAUGCCUAUGGCGCCGUAGCGUACUUGGUUUGGACUACCCCUUAUGGUUUCCACGUUAGUCUUGUGUCUGCGAAAGCACGAGUCGCUCCACUGAGGCACACUACAAUCCCGAGACUGGAGUUGAUGGCUGCACUGAUCGCGUCUAGACUCGCUCGUACUAUUGUCGAGGAAUUCAAGUUAAAGCCCUCGAGCGUCACAUUUUGGUCAGAUUCUACCAUCGUGCUCAGCUGGCUACGCUCGGAAUCGACAUCAUUCAAGCCGUUCGUCGGAGUUCGGGUGGCCGAGAUCCAAGAAAGUUGGACUCCAAGUUCAUGGCGGCAUGUCCCAUCAGAAGAGAAUCCAGCUGAUGAUUUGAGUCGCGGUAUUACAGUAGAAGAAUGA